AUGCCCAUCUUCAUCAAGUAUGACGACUACCCCGCGCAGAUACCACAGCAACGAUACCGAAACCGUAUAAAACUCAGUGGGGAGGUGUCACUCAAGGUGAGUUCUCAUUUAAUACAUGUCGUCGUAUGUAAGAACCUGUUAGAGAUGCCCAUCUUCAUCAAGUAUGACGGCUACCCCGCGCAGAUACCACAGCAACGAUACCGAAACCGUAUAAAACUCAGUGGGGAGGUGUCACUCAAGGUGAGUUCUCAUUUAAUACAUGUCGUCGUAUGUAAGAACCUGUUAGAGAUGCCCAUCUUCAUCAAGUAUGACGGCUACCCCGCGCAGAUACCACAGCAACGAUACCGAAACCGUAUAAAACUCAGUGGGGAGGUGUCACUCAAGGUGAGUUCUCAUUUAAUACAUGUCGUCGUAUGUAAGAACCUGUUAGAGAUGCCCAUCUUCAUCAAGUAUGACGGCUACCCCGCGCAGAUACCACAGCAACGAUACCGAAACCGUAUAAAACUCAGUGGGGAGGUGUCACUCAAGGUGAGUUCUCAUUUAAUACAUGUCGUCGUAUGUAAGAACCUGUUAGAGAUGCCCAUCUUCAUCAAGUAUGACGACUACCCCGCGCAGAUACCACAGCAACGAUACCGAAACCGUAUAAAACUCAGUGGGGAGGUGUCACUCAAGGUGAGUUCUCAUUUAAUACAUGUCGUCGUAUGUAAGAACCUGUUAGAGAUGCCCAUCUUCAUCAAGUAUGACGGCUACCCCGCGCAGAUACCACAGCAACGAUACCGAAACCGUAUAAAACUCAGUGGGGAGGUGUCACUCAAGGUGAGUUCUCAUUUAAUACAUGUCGUCGUAUGUAAGAACCUGUUAGAGAUGCCCAUCUUCAUCAAGUAUGACGGCUACCCCGCGCAGAUACCACAGCAACGAUACCGAAACCGUAUAAAACUCAGUGGGGAGGUGUCACUCAAGGUGAGUUCUCAUUUAAUACAUGUCGUCGUAUGUAAGAACCUGUUAGAGGUGCCCAUCUUCAUCAAGUAUGACGGCUACCCCGCGCAGAUACCACAGCAACGAUACCGAAACCGUAUAAAACUCAGUGGGGAGGUGUCACUCAAGGUGAGUUCUCAUUUAAUACAUGUCGUCGUAUGUAAGAACCUGUUAGAGAUGCCCAUCUUCAUCAAGUAUGACGGCUACCCCGCGCAGAUACCACAGCAACGAUACCGAAACCGUAUAAAACUCAGUGGGGAGGUGUCACUCAAGGUGAGUUCUCAUUUAAUACAUGUCGUCGUAUGUAAGAACCUGUUAGAGAUGCCCAUCUUCAUCAAGUAUGACGGCUACCCCGCGCAGAUACCACAGCAACGAUACCGAAACCGUAUAAAACUCAGUGGGGAGGUGUCACUCAAGGUGAGUUCUCAUUUAAUACAUGUCGUCGUAUGUAAGAACCUGUUAGAGAUGCCCAUCUUCAUCAAGUAUGACGGCUACCCCGCGCAGAUACCACAGCAACGAUACCGAAACCGUAUAAAACUCAGUGGGGAGGUGUCACUCAAGGUGAGUUCUCAUUUAAUACAUGUCGUCGUAUGUAAGAACCUGUUAGAGGUGCCCAUCUUCAUCAAGUAUGACGGCUACCCCGCGCAGAUACCACAGCAACGAUACCGAAACCGUAUAAAACUCAGUGGGGAGGUGUCACUCAAGGUGAGUUCUCAUUUAAUACAUGUCCUCGUAUGUAAGAACCUGUUAGAGAUGCCCAUCUUCAUCAAGUAUGACGGCUACCCCGCGCAGAUACCACAGCAACGAUACCGAAACCGUAUAAAACUCAGUGGGGAGGUGUCACUCAAGGUGAGUUCUCAUUUAAUACAUGUCGUCGUAUGUAAGAACCUGUUAGAGGUGCCCAUCUUCAUCAAGUAUGACGGCUACCCCGCGCAGAUACCACAGCAACGAUACCGAAACCGUAUAAAACUCAGUGGGGAGGUGUCACUCAAGGUGAGUUCUCAUUUAAUACAUGUCGUCGUAUGUAAGAACCUGUUAGAGGUGCCCAUCUUCAUCAAGUAUGACGGCUACCCCGCGCAGAUACCACAGCAACGAUACCAAAACCGUAUAAAACUCAGUGGGGAGGUGUCACUCAAGGUGAGUUCUCAUUUAAUACAUGUCGUCGUAUGUAAGAACCUGUUAGAGAUGCCCAUCUUCAUCAAGUAUGACGGCUACCCCGCGCAGAUACCACAGCAACGAUACCGAAACCAUAUAAAACUCAGUGGGGAGGUGUCACUCAAGGUGAGUUCUCAUUUAAUACAUGUCCUCGUAUGUAAGAACCUGUUAGAGGUGCCCAUCUUCAUCAAGUAUGACGGCUACCCCACGCAGAUACCACAGCAACGAUACCGAAACCGUAUAAAACUCAGUGGGGAGGUGUCACUCAAGGUGAGUUCUCAUUUAAUACAUGUCGUCGUAUGUAAGAACCUGUUAGAGAUGCCCAUCUUCAUCAAGUAUGUCGGCUACCCCGCGCAGAUACCACAGCAACGAUACCGAAACCGUAUAAAACUCAGUGGGGAGGUGUCACUCAAGGUGACGAACAUCCAGGCGGAGGAUGAAGGCUGGUACGAGUGUAACAUUAUCUUCAUAGAUGGCGCUGAGGAAACUACCGUCAAUGGCUCAUGGAUUUAUCUCACUGUGCAUUCUCGGCCGUACAUCAUCUCUAGCUCGAACGCGUUACUUCAGCACCGGCGUGGCGAGACAGCUAGGAUGUUCUGUAAGGGGAAGGGUUCUCCGACGCCCACGCUGAUGUGGUUCAAGGAGGGGCGGCCGCUACACAACACGUUCAGACAGACCGUAGAUGGCACACACGUCACCAUCAAGAACCUGCGGCGCAGCGACGGGGGGACGUACAUGUGUACAUUCGAAAACUCGGUCGGAGAGAUUUCACAGCUUAUAAGACUCGUGGUCGAAGGAGGUCCACUAAUAAUGAAUUCCCCGCAGAACAUAACGACGAUGAAAGGAGAGCUUGUGACAAUUGUGUGCAAUGCACUGGCAUAUCCUAGCAACAUCACGUACCACUGGUUCAAGAAGGGCUUGGACGUGAGGAAACUGAAAGGGUUCGAGGUUGGCCGGAUUCUGAUCCAGUCGGACGGGAGUCUGCGCAUCACCACGGUUAUCAAGGACGACAUGGCCUGGUACAUGUGUCGCCCUAGCAAUGGCUACGGGGAAGACGAGGCGUCGGCCUUUCUUAAUGUCACAUAUAAGCCGACAGUUGUCGACAUGCCCAGCACAUUGACGUGGGCAAGAGGGUUGACGGGGCGCAUCGAAUGCCACGUGGACGCCAACCCUCCGGUGACCAGCACCCUGUGGAUAAAGGACAGUCGGAACCUGGCAAACACGAGCCGUAUCGAGGUGCUGGGUAACGGCACGCUGUUCCUGUCUGACGUACGCGAGUCUGAUAGUGGUAGCUACAGCUGUAUACCGACGAGUCGUAUCGGUACCGGGGAGGCGUCGCCUUCUGUCCAGGUCGUUGUCAGAGAUCCACCAAUCUUCAAGUAUCACCCGAACUCUUCAUAUGAGAGACAAGUCGGAGAAUCAGUGUUAAUGCCAUGUUUCGCCGAGGGCAACCCACAGCCUCAAAUAUUAUGGGAACAUAAUGGUGUGUUACUAAAGGAAAGCUCUCGUAUCCAUAUCAUUGGAGGAAACCUGUCCAUUUCUGACCUGUCGAAAGAGGAUCAUGGGAAAUACGAAUGCAUUGCCAAUAACAAGGUUGCCGCCAUUGUUGCCCCGACGGCCCUCAGAAUAAUGGGCACCAGUCCCCAUGCUCCAAACAACAUCACAGUUAUUCCUGGUUUAUUUUCCGCCAAAGUGUCCUGGGAACCAGCCUAUGAUGGCGGCACUGCACAGAAUUAUCUCUUAUGGUUUCGCGUGGUGGACAGUAAGGAUAACAACUGGAACACCAUCGGAGUACCGGUGGGACACACGACCUUCACCUUGUAUGCUCUAAUGGCCGACACAACGUAUGAGUUCAUGGUUCAGUCUCGUAACAGUGUCGGUGAUAGCUUGAGAAGUAAUCGAGUCCAGGCAAAGACUUUAGGCAAUCACUCUGGAGCACUGCAUUCAACUCUCUGGCAUCCGGGUUAUCACAGUGACCUUGUAACAGCACUACCGACAGAUAGUUCUGGGUCUACAUACAUUCCACCAAUAAUUGUACCAAGAGGACCAAGACCUAGUCCGCCACGGAACGUCACCGCGGAGAUAGUGAGCGACGGCAUCCUGGUGUCGUGGUUACCUCCCCUGUUCACUGAAGUGCCUAUAUUUUACUACACGAUCGACUACCGGUCGGACGGGCUGUGGACGCGCUACAAGGGCCGGGUGAUGGUCUCCACGGGGCUGUCCCUGGUGCUGGAGGGCAUGAACCCCGGGACCACGUACGAACUGAGGGUCCUGGCCAAUGGAGUUCUAGCCUACAGCAAACCCAGUAACAUUGUUACUGUAACCACAGCAGCGAAAAACAGUGCCUCAUCUAACAGUGGAACCACGGAAUCACUAGCUUUACCGGAUGCUCUGAUUGGUGGGAUUAUAGGCGGACUGCUCUUUCUGCUGGUAGCCAUCUUGUUAGCUGUGAUAGCUGUUAUACACAGUCGGCGCAAAGAGCAGAAAAAUAAAGCAGAAAGUAGAUACAACGAUGUUAAUUAUUCAAAACCAGAAGAGUCGGAAAAUAGACCUCAAGCUCCGCCAAAAUGGGAUCGUUGGCAACAACCUGGAGGAGGAGACUCUAUGAGGCGCGACGAGGGCGGCCACCAGGGGGUGUACAUCCUGCCCCGCACAGACGACGUUGACCCCGGCUACACUAUGCGGUCGUCGUCGUCCAUCCUGCGGGACCGCCGACUCUAUGAUCGCGACCACCCCAUGUACGACCCCGCUGCUGGGUACCGAGUUGCCAGGCAGGAGGAUGAGGAUCCGAAUCUCGUCGCCGAUCUGUCACUCUCACGGUUGUCUGGCAACUACCCGAGGUCUCCUAGAGACUUUCCUGAUCAUCAGAGUCGUUUUCCCGAUCAUCCGAAUCGUUUUUCAGACUCUAGUUGGCCUCCAGGAUCAACAUCACCGACAGCAGCAUCAAGGUCGUAUCCUUCAGACUACAACCCAGCACCACCCUCUAGUGCCAGACCAGGAGCAUACCCUACAGAGACCUCUCCUCCUCCUCAGAAUCCCUCCAGACACAGCCGGUGGUCGGACCCUCGAGAUGAGGAUCCCCGGCAGCAGAACCCAUCCUUGUCAUACGAAGGUCCGUACCACAGUUUCGAGGAUGAAGAUGACGAGAAUGGGUUCCUGCCACCGACGCCGCAUCAUCAUCAUCAAAACGUGCCUUCCAGUCGUCCAGCGUUCCCACGCCACAGUUCGAUGAAGCCCGCCCAUCAGACUUACCUCACAGGUGAGCCGGUCCCACCGUACGCAAUCGAUGACAUCAGUUCAGUCCUACAGUCCCCGUUCUCCGAUCCAUCGCGCGAGGACAGAUCUCCUCCCAGUCACUAUCCUUCAUCAGCCAGCCUGCCCAGCCAACCAGCUUACCUUCCCAGUCAGCCAGCUUACCUUCCCAGCCAGCCCAGCUACCUCCCGAGUGAGAUCAACAGACCCAGAGACUCAACGCAUGAGCCGUUCAGACCUUACGAGCAGCCGAGAGUGUAUGACAGAAACGUGAGAGGAAGCGAUCGCGACUAUCUGCCCAACAUCCCCGAGGACAGCCAGGACACUAGUGGUGCCACACCUGACGGUCGAGGCGCGUGGGGUUCGCCGGUCAGGUCCCCAGGGGACGAGAAUAACAGCAGUACGGGAAGUAGCGGCGGCCGUCCGAUCGGCUACACGCGCGAUCACCUGCAGGGCGUGGUGGACCGCGUCAGACAGGGCCCGCGAGGCAGAGCAGACGACACGCUCGACGACGGCGGCUUUCUUGACGCGUCUGGCUUGAGGCAGCAGUCUCCAUCUGACGACAGAGUGUUUCGCUUCCCGGACCCCAAGCCAGCCAGACCUGGGGGAGAGAAUCGCCAAGUGCCGUACUACACCUCUGACGUGGCCCCUUUCAAACCGCCGCGUCUAGGUCAGUACGGUCCAAACGUUCCCGACAGGCGUCCGCCGUCUCGGUCACGCGACGACACGGGUCCGGACACAGUGAGCCACAGUAGCGGUAUAGGCAGUAGGAACACGUCCAACAGCAACAGCUCGUUCCCUAACCGCCUGGGCAAGAACAGCAUGUCGUACAGCUCGCUCCUGACGCCGCAGGAGCAGGAUCUGAGUCAGGACUCCUCCCCAUUCCUGGACGGCAGUGCCAACAACCGCCGGGACACGUCUGGAGACGAAAACUAUGAGUUCGAUUCCCUUGGGGCGCUAGAGUCCGACAUCCUAGACGCGCUACGCAAUUAUUCCCGCCUCAGCGAUAACGGGCAGGUGUCGGCCAGCGAUUUGUACAGCAACCUGUAUCCGAAGUCGCGCAAACCGAGCCGCUACUCCGAUUCGGACCAGAGGUUUAAUAAACUGAGGGAGGAGUUUAAGCAGUAUCGACAGAGGCAGGUGGAGAUUACGAGAGAAAGUGCUGGACAAAGUUCCGAACCCAUGUAUCCUAUGGAUAGUGAAAUGUUGUGAUAUUGUAACGAAGACUUACGUUCUGUGUCAAGUUAUCGAUUACCAACAGCAGUGCUUAGUUAAAAAGACUUUCCUGAUUUGUGCUGCCAUUGUAAGGUGGUUGUGAUUAAUAGGGGCGUUAUAACGACUAUAAUCACAUAUCAAAGAUACAUUUUCUUGUUCAGAACCUAGUGUGUGUUGUAGCCAAAACUGGAUUUUACUAACCUAUAAUUUCGUAGGCCUAUAAUGUGACUCAGAGGUGGGAAUUCUCCUCGCAUCAGCUGUUUUUCUCUCAUGGAACAUUACGUUUCCUCGCAUUUUAAUCGUCCUUUCCUCCAAAAUGUGUCGGAUGGCACAGAUUUUAACCUAGGAUUUCAAGAAUUUCCGGGACCCCUCUAGAUUUCCUCUUUUUUACAGUUCCUCAAUUCCCACCCCUGCUACAUAGAAACGAAAUACAGUGCUUUAGAUGUCGCUAAUUUGGGCGCCACAUUUGGGGGUUUUCAAAUCUGUUCUGAGCACAGAGAGGUCUUUUUCGUACAGUAAUGUUAACAGCUGCUGAAGCAUUAUGAAUAUUCAGAAAAGAAACGCAAUUCAAAUUAUUUUAAUCUCAACUUAACAUUUCAUUGGUUUUGUACUUUACUUGGACGUAAUUACUGUGGGCAUGCACAUUGUGUGAAGAACACUGUCAUUUUUACUCGUGCAUUACGAAGCCCUCGGAAGUAUGUAAAUGUACAUAAAGCAUUACACAAUAAAAUAAAGUUUGAGCUGCAGCCAUAGGCGUACAGGCUCCCAUUUUUGCCGGAAUUAAACGGAAAUGCCCGAAUCAGCGUAACGACAUGCAUUCAUAUUCGCAUUUUUACCAAACAGCUGUAUAGGGUUGCAAACGAAGCACUACGCAUUUUUACUAAUUUACAACUAAUAUUGUGGGUAGAAUGAUAGAGAUACAUGGUAAAAAUGUCUCUGGUUAGCACAUUUUCCCCGAAUAUUUCUAUAAUUUGUGCCUGAAUUUGAGGUUUUCCUCCAGCACUAGUUGCCCCUUCCCCCACCCCCACCCCUCUUGUCUCAUAUGCUUACGGCUGCAGCAAACUUUAGGAUGACCAGAAAACAUUGAAUAUAGGAACUUUGAAAUUCUAAACAAGAACAUGUAUUUGGGCCUAAAACAAAUUGUGUGUUUUCUGGGAACUUGCCGAAAACAAAAUAGGUAGAGUAGGUCAGAGUUCUAAUUCACAAAGGUCUCUUAGGCUCUGCUAGACAACAAAGCAUCCUCUUUGCAAGUCUUUUAGCAUUGCACUGCGAGAUCGCAAAGUUGCGAGAGUUUAGUGAAUUAGGCCCCAGCUUUUAAAUUUUAUUAUAAUGGGUUUUUUUCUAAACUAUAUUUAUCCCACGUUUUCAGAAAAUGUUAAGUAUGUACUUACUUCAACUACAUAUUACUAGUAAUAAGAAACAAAAUCAAUAACAAAAGAAAGUACAUUUUAAAAAUAGGGUUGGCACUUUUUUGUAGGUAGGAUCGGGUUCCCCAAAACACAUUUUUUAGGCCUUGGUAUGUAAUUUUAGUCGUAAUACAUGUUCUUUGAAUGUAAAUUGAACGUGGAAGCAGCAUACACCUAGAAUUAUUUCAUACAGUGGAGUGUUGCUAGACAAUGGUGUAAUCAGGCAUUGUUGAAUUCCAAGCUCUGUGCAAAUAUUCCACAUCCAUAAAUGAUAAUUUUGUAUUUCAUGGCGUGUACAUCUGUAUGUUUUCAUGAAACACAAGGUGUGUGUGUAUUAAUUAUGCAUAAUAAUAUGUGUACGAACUUCUCAGCACUGGUGUUUAUAUCUAAAAAUGAAUUCAGAUUUCUACAUAUCAGACGAUUGAUGUUAAAAAUAAUAACACACACGAUUUCAUUUUUUUUUAAUGUAUAUACCCAGAAUGAAAUUCGUCACAAUAGAUGAAUUCUGUUCUUGAUAUACUGGUUAUGUUGGAAAACUGCAAGGCGCAAUUUUCUAAAUGUUAGAUGUUCACAUUUUGUUUUGUGCGUUACGUGUUUGUACUGUUGACCUGUCAGUGAAAGCAAACCUUACCUCCCUUUCUCUUACCUCCCUUUCUCUUACCUCCCUUUCUCUCCUUGUGUUCAGCUAUUUGGUGUAAUCAUGCAGCAUGUAGUAUAUAUACUGAACGACAAAGUAAAAGCAAAUAUUUAAUAUAUUUAUCUUUCAUAAUAAAAUUAAUUUGACACUGUCAAAAUGGGCCUAAAAUGCUGACAAGACAUUAAAAUUUUAAUAAACACAAAAACAAUAUAUUUAAAAUGAAUAAUUUAUAUAAGUUAAGAAAACUAAAUCAGCAUUUGCGAUAUCAACCACGAUAUGAGCCCCACGAUACGAUACAUCGAUUGAGAGAAGCUGUACCGCGAUAUGAGCCCCACGAUACGAUACAUCGAUUGAGGGUAUAGGGAUACGUAUCGUAUCGCGACCCACGCAACGUGAUAUGUAUCUUAACACAACCCACAUUUCGGGAUAGGUAUCGUAUUGCAACCCACGUAAAGUGAUACGUAUCGUAUUGCAACCCACAUAUCGGGAUACGUAUCGUAUUGCAACCCACCUAACGUGAUAUGUAUCUUAGCACAACCCACAUAUCGGGAUACGUAUCGUAUUGCAACCCACCUAACGUGAUAUGUAUCUUAGAACAACCCACAUAUCGGGAUACGUAUCGUAUUGCAACCCACCUAACGUGAUAUGUAUCUUGACACAACCCACAUAUUGGGAUACGUAUCGUAUUGCAACCCACCUAACGUGAUAUGUAUCUUAGCACAACCCCCAUAUCGGGAUACGUAUCGUAUUGCAACCCACCUAACGUGAUAUGUAUCUUAGCACAACCCCCAUAUCGGGAUACGUAUCGUAUUGCAACCCACCUAACGUGAUAUGUAUCUUAGCACAACCCACAUAUCGGGAUACAUAUCAUAUCGCGACCCACAUAUCAGGAUACUUAUCGUAUCGCGACCCAUGUAACGUGAUAUUAUCUUAUUGCGACAUGCGUGUUGGGAUACAUAUCGUAUCCAGACCCACAUAUCGGGAUGCAUAUUGUAUCGUGAUAUGUAUCGUAUCGCGACCCACGUAUAGCAAUAUGUAUGUUAUUGCGGCGACCCACAUAUAGUGAUACAUAUCGUAUCGCUACGUGCCCGUAUCGUUACACCUCUACCAUUUUGUAUGUAUUUAAAACUUGUAAAAGGCAGCAUUUUAUCUUAGUAGCAAUUUACAUUAGCUUCGUGUUCAUCAUCAGUUGUGGCUAAGUCCUUCAAACAAAAUACGUAAAUAUUUCGUCAGAAUGUGUAAGUACAUAAACAAAUGUCUAUAUUUGAUGCCUCCUCCGAGCUUGAACCACUCACUGUCCUUCCACCUCCAUUUUUUUUAUCAGUCUGACAAGGGCGGAUUCAGAAAAUGUUUUACGGCGGGGGGGGGGGGGGGGGGGGGGGGGGG